AUGGCAUCAUUUGUACCAAAAAGCGAAGUGGCCGCGGCGGUCGGUAACGUAACAGCGGCCAUGGGCACGCUCGAGGCGGCUUUGACUGACGGCGAGGAAGCCGUCGCGCGUCGCCAUCUUCGCCAAGAGGCCAUGAAGCUCCUAUCGUCCCUCGGAGAUCCAAACGAAGAUGUCUGGCCACGCAUCUAUCAGGUCAACGUCAGCGCCGUCAUUGAAAUCUUUACUAACCUGGGUCUAUGGGAUGAGUUUACCAAGAGCACUACUAUAAGCCUGGCUACGAUUGUCGACAAGACUGGGGGGGAUGAGGUCAUGAUGACGCGCCUCCUCCAACAAUUGACUGCAAGUGGCAUCUUGAAGGACUCGCCCGGGCCAGAGUAUACCCUGACCGCUCUGGGGAAACCAUAUUUGGAUGAAAACCACAGAGCCUUCAAUAGUUUCCUGCUUCAAGAAGUUAUUCCAUCCAUCGUAGCCAUGCCGCGGACGUUGGCGGAACAUGGAUUCAAAUCACCCACCAGAGAGUCGGGCACGCCCUUCAAGUGGGCAAACGGCGAAGAGCUGUGGACCUUUCUCGGCUCACAUCCGCAGCGAGCACAAAACAUGGUCAAGGGCAUGAAGUCGUUGAGCACCGGAACCCUCGCCGGCACCGCGUACCCCUUUGGCGAGGAACUCGGCAAGCUGGACGUUCAGGACGGCGACGUUGCCAUUGUGGACAUUGCCGGCGGUCAGGGCCACGUCAUGGAGGAGGUGCGCAAGCUGAACCCACAGCUCAAGGGCCGCUUCAUUGUGCAAGAUCUGCCUUCGACGUUUGAGGCGGUGCCCCGUCCGCCCCCAGGGGUCGAGUUUAUGCCCUACGACAUGUUUACAAGCCAGCCCAUCAAGGAUGCGCACGUCUACUACUACAGACACAUUUUCCACGACUGGAACGACGAGGAUGUCAGCCGCUUCCUCCAGCAAUUGCUGCCAGUGCUCAAGGCGCGGCCGCGGAGCAAGUUACUGCUAGUGGACUUGGUGCUUCCGGACCUCAACGUUGGAAUCUACGAGGCGGCAAGAGACAUAUCAAUGUUCCCCAUUGGUGGUUUGGAGAGAACAGAAAGGCAGUGGCAGAAUCUGCUUGCAGCAAAUGGCUUGAAGAUCAAGAAAAUUUGGAGGGGGACCGAACCUGAGGCUUGUGUGGAGUGCGAAGUGGCGUGA